AUGGGUCCGUCGCCUCUCCGCCUGCUUGUCCUCGUUGUGGCGAUGGUGGCCGUGACGGGUGCCGCCGCGGCCAGAACCACGCGCUGGCCCAAGAACCCCAACCCCAAGAAGCCCCCCGGCGGCAGGGUGGAACGCACGCGCACCACCACCACCACCACCACCACCAUGCCCACCAGCACGGGCGUGGAGGAGACCACCGGCGCCAUGGAUGCCUUCUCCCUCUCCCCCACCGACAGCACCACCUUCGCCGCGGACGCCUUCCCGGAGUACCACACCGACGGCACGGCGCCCCCCGGUGUCCCACACGGGAACUACAGCCUGGGCUACACCGAGUGCUUCUUCAACGUCUGCGAGUGCUGUCCCCCAGAGAGGGGCCCCCCGGGCCUCACCGGGGAGAUGGGCUUGCCAGGAGCUCCAGGAGAGAAGGGAGAGCCGGGUUUAAGGGGCCUUCCUGGACCCGCAGGUGUGCCAGGAGCUGCGGGAGACAAAGGAGACAAAGGCGACCGGGGAGGAGUCGGAACGCCCGGAAUUCCGGGAGGCCCGGGGGAUAAAGGUGACCCUGGCCCCAAAGGCGACAGGGGAGAUCUGGGCCUGCCGGGCUUCAAGGGCGACCCCGGGCAGAAGGGCGACGCGUGCGAGAACGGGACCAAGGGCGAACAGGGGGGGCCCGGGAAAGCUGGACCCCCGGGCCCGCCCGGAGAGCAGGGACAGAAGGGGGAUUGCCCCGUCGGGAUGAAGGGGGACAGGGGCGACCCGGGGCCCGCAGGCCAGAGCGGGGACCCCGGCCCUCCCGGGACCAACGGGACUCAGGGGCCCCCGGGCCCCCCGGGGCUGCAGGGCGAGGCGGGAGCCCCGGGUUCGAAGGGAGAGCCGGGUGGCAGGGGGCCGCCCGGGCCCCUAGGGGGGCGGGGGAUGAUGGGGCCCAAAGGGGAGAGGGGGGUGAGGGGGGAGAGGGGCCCGCGCGGGUUCAAGGGCCCCCGGGGGUCCACGGAGCCGCAGAAGCGCUCGGCGUUCAGCGUCGGCCUGUUCCCCAGCAAGUCCUUCCCCCCGCCGGGCCUGCCCAUCAAGUUCGACAAGGUGUUCUACAACGAGGAGGGCCACUACAGCCUGGAGAGCAGCAAGUUCAACGUGAGCCACGGCGGGGUGUACGUGUUCAGCUACCACAUCACGGUGCGGAACCGGCCGCUGCGCGCGGCGCUGGUGGUGAACGGCACGCGGAAGGUGCGCACGCGCGACUCCCUGUACGGCCAGGACAUCGACCAGGCCUCCAACCUGGUGCUGCUGAAGCUGUCGGCCGGGGACCAGGUGUGGCUGGAGACGCUGCGUGACUGGAACGGGGUGUACUCCAGCAGCGAGGACGACAGCACAUUCUCCGGCUUCCUGCUGUACCCCGAGAAGGACUGA